AGCUGCUAGCGCAGCUGGGUCUGCGGCUAGACCAGCAACUGGAGGAGAUGCAGCGACAGGGCGUCCCCCCCGAGAUCCUGGCUCGCUGGCUGCGCACCGAGCGGCAGCGCUCCGCCCGCUCCUGGCGCCCGCUGAGACCGCCCUGCCCCGCCUCUGCAGACGGUGAACAGGAACAGGAGGCGGGGGGCGCAGGAGGAGGCGGAGCAGCAGCAGCAGGCGGGGAGGCCAUGCAGGAGGAGCAGCAGCAGGGUGAGGGCCCGCAUGACCCGCAGGCUGUGGUGCUGCUGGAGGAGAUCCGGGACGGGUUGUUCCCGG